AUGGCGCCCCCAGACAGGGACCGCGUGGAGACCCUCUCCAGCCAACUGAGGAAAGAGCCUGCGAAGAACGCCAACAACGUGCCUCUGCUGCUGGCGAAUCUGCCGUCGAUUGCGGACAAGGUGGCAUUUACUUCGGCACUGUCCACUCUCAGUGGUUUCUUCAAGGCUAGCAUCGAAUCUGGUGAAAUAGAGGGCCAACAUCGAAAGAAACAAACGAAAAACAAGCAACCAGCUGGAAGCGAACUGGAUCCUGAUGAAAUAUACCGUAAUUGGCUGCACCUUCAAUAUGCAGAGUUCAAGCAGCAGUUGCUCCGCUGUCUUACCCACUUCACGGAGUCCACCCUGCAGAUCCAAGUGUGGGAUGCUCUCAUGGAGCUGGUGGCUACUGAGUGUGUGGGUGCAUUCAGCAAUGACUUAUUUGAGGACAUGCUUACAAAACUCAUCACCAGCCAAAAUGUGGACCCAGAGAUUGUGCUUAGACUGGCUGCCAAGUACUGGAGCUACGCUGAUGCACGCUACUACACACUCAGAGUUAUUCAGAAGGUGGCCAAUGCAUGCGCCAAGGCACCUGAGGGUGUGUGCAACUGGAGAAGCUUCGAUGACCUCGGGCCCCUUCUCUGUGGCCUGUUGUCCAGGGUGCCACCAAACCUAGAUGACUGCAGAACAGGAGAACAAGAAGCCUCUGAAGGGGAAGAGAGGAGGCUGAAGUCAUGGUGCUGUGCAACAGAGGUGGACAUAGUGACGGGUGAUGUGAACUACGCUGAAAACUCGCAACAGCGACGGAAGCGACGCAGAGAUGGUGCCGUUGAAAAUGGAGGCACAAGGAAAGCACAUGUGCGUUGGGCAAGUGAGAAACUGCAGAAGAAAAUGUUCAGCGAGGCCUGGAUCAGCUGUUUGCGGUUGCCCCUUCCUGAGGACGUGCUGAUCGAAGUGCUUUCAAAGCUGCCAGGCGUGGUGAUUCCCAACAUGCUGGACCCCCUGCUUCUGAGCGACCUCCUUACGGCUGCCCUCAACCGUGGUGGACUGGUUGGGAUACUGGCACUGCAUGGAAUCUUUGUGUUGGUGACCAGGCACAGGCUGGAGUACCCACAGUUCUACACUUGCCUGUAUGGGCUCCUGAAGCCGGAGAUAUUUUACUCCAAGCAGAGGGUGAGGUUCCUUCAACUCACCGACAUUUUCCUGGCGUCAGUCCUGGUGCCUGCCUACACGGCUGCCGCCUUCGCCAAGACGUUCGCAAGGUUUGCCCUGACAGCGCCCCCCUCAGGAGCGAUGAUCUGCAUUGCCUUCAUCCACAACAUCAUCAGAAGGCACCCUUCUUGCAUCGUGCUCCUGCACCGUCCGCAGUACCAACGAACAUCCCUGAAAGAGGGUGCUAAAAGGGUCCUAAGUGGAUCCCAAACGCAGAGCCAGGAAGGCAACCAAGGAGCCGCGGAACGGGAUGAACUGGACCAGAGCGGCAGCGGCAGUGACACGGAUGAGGACGAGGAUCCUGUAUCCGAUCGCGAGGCCGCAGGAACCCAGGCCGGGCAGCCGCCUGGCUUCGAUCCUUUUCUGCCGGAGGAGCAGGACCCAGCUCAGAGUCGCGCCAUCGAGAGCUCUUUGUGGGAGAUAGAGGCCCUCAGGAAUCAUUACUGCCCUCAGGUGGCCGCAUUUGUGAGUGUACUGGACAAAGAUAUGACGGACAAGCUGAAGACGUCUGAGGUGGACCUGGAGCCGUUGCUGUUGGGGUCAUACGCCUCCCUCAUCGGCGAACACACGGGGAAGAAAUUGAGGCGGCCUCCAGUGGUCGAAUUCUACUCGCAGUGGCCAACACGGCUCUUCGGCGACAAAAUUUUUGACACCCUUGGCUGGUCGUGUCCAGCAGCAGCUGAUGGAGACGAAUCUGCGCCUGUGGUGUGCAGAACUUGA